GCCGUCGUAUGGAAAUAGGUUCUUUCUUUCUCCUAACGGCCAAUCUUUCAUCUUCUAUCUCUAACCUCACUUGCUACAACAUCUUCAAUGGAAGCGAGAAUCAUCCUCCAAAUUCAAAUCCCUUGGAACCCUAAUCCCAAAUUUUCUCGUACUCCUUUAGAUUUCCCGCGCUUUAUCAGAGCUUCUUCUUCUUCAACCUCACAGAAGCCGAGAAGUUACAGAGGUCCGAAACCGAGCAAGAAUUUGGUAGCUGAUUUCAUUUCCAAAAACGAUGACUUGGUUCGGAGCUUACCGAUCUACGUCGGAGGCGCUUCUCUUUUAGCUGUUCUCUUCAAUCGGACUGUUUCCGGUAUCGCUCCUGUUGCCGAUGCUAGCAGCUCUCAGUCUAGAGCAGAUCUAUUGGCGCUUGGCUUGGCUGUCACCAAUUUAUUGACUGGUUUAGUCUGGUUAUCGAUUCGACCUAAGUCCAUAACACCUGUACAACCUGACGGUGUGGAGUGGAAAGUUGUAGAAUCCGGUCUUCCUGCAUCGGUAGUUUCCGAAUUGUUAUGGGCUUGGGAAUCUUUUAAGGUAGCAACAUGUUGUAAGUCUCUAGUUAUUGUCUACAAUGGAAUUUGCCUUAUUCAAAUUGGGAUGGUUGCUGAAUCUCCUGAAGAUAAGAAAGCAGUUGUAGUAAACACCGAUAAGCUGAUGCAAGGAUCGGUUUACCGAGGUGUAAUGAAAUCUAAAGCACAGAGUUACUUGGCCAAUCUUUCUCUUUAUCCUGGGAGAUCAGAGCUACCAUUUCUACCUGCAAAUACACAGGCAGUGAUUUUGCAGCCGCUUGGAGAUAAAGGAAUCGCAGUCAUUGGUGGAAAUACGAUUAGAGGCUUCACGUCGUCAGACCAGGCUUGGAUUUCUUCAAUUGGGGAGAAGCUAGAUGCGACAUUGGGGAGAUAUUUUAUUGAUUCUGAUGAGAUUUCCAGAGUAACAGUUUGAAAGCAACUAGACCAGAAAACACAAAAAGGAUAUAAUUAUCUUGCGAAAACACAUUACAUGCAUCGAUCACUAAAGGUAACUGUUCAUUGUGUGAUCAUGUGGGUACAUAAAGUCGAAAUGAAUUC